AUGGCAACUUCCAUAGCCUCUCAAUUAGAAGCUAUCAGAUCCAUCGCACAUGUUGAUUCCGCUCCUCUGAAAAGGCCUUUCACUCGUCCUUCUAUCUUGUUCGAUCCUAAGGAAGCUGCUGAUAUUAGUAUUGAAUCCAUUUUCACUAUUGCACUUCAAGGUUUGGAGGUUCUUAUUAGCAACGACGAACGGUUUAGGAAUUAUAAAAAUGAUUUGUUCAGUCACCGAAGUAAAGAGUUGGACAGAGAGUUAAUGGGGAUAGAACAGAAUAAUCAACUUAACGUGUUAAUUAAUUCAUAUUUAAAACUUGUUUCUGGAUUUUUUAUGCUUCCGUCUGCACUUCAAACACUCGAAUAUUUGAUACGAAGACACAAGAUUCAUGUGUACAACAAUGAGGAUUUGAUAUUGUGCGCAUUGCCGUACCACGACACACAUGCAUUUGUUCGAGUAGUACAGAUACUUGAUAUAAGGAAUGGUACAUGGGGUUUUUUGGAGGGCGUGAAAGUCUCUGGUGCACCUCCACCUAGAAAGGUUAUAGUGCAGCAAUGCCUUCGUGAUAAGGGCGUAUUAGAAGUUCUAUGCAACUAUGCAUCUCCGUCUAAAAAGUUUCAACCUUCGAAGAAUGUAAUUGGCUUUUGUACUGCUGUUUUUGUUGAACUUUUGGGGACUGUUGUGACGGUUGAUGAUGAUAUUGUCAAGAGAAUACUUCCUUUUGUGGUCUCCGGUCUUCAGUCAGGUGUUAAGGGUCUUUCAGAUCACAAGGCCAGUUCAUUGAUGAUAGUUGGCUUGCUUGGGAAUAAAGCUGCAUUGGCUCCUAAACUUUUGAAUAGUUUGAUACGUUCAGUUACCGAGGUUGCUCGGGAGGAGGCUAAAGAGUUGAUAGAUCUUCAUUGGUUUCGGUUGUCCCUUAUUGCCUUAAUCAAUCUUGUCCAGUCCCAAAAUGUUGAAAUACUUCCAAUAAAGGCCUUGGAGAUUUUAAAGGAACUCAGGGAUUUGCCAGGGGUUUUAUUAGAAUUGUCUAAGGAGUUCAACAUUGAAAAGUUUUUUGUUGUUUUAUUGGACUCCCUAAUUGACUGCAGUUCUAAAGAUGAAUACUGCCAGCAGGCUUUGCUGUCCUUGAUAGAAAAGGUCCCCAUAAACGAUUCUGUUCAUCACGUGGUCACCAAAAUCCUAUCAACUUGUGUGAAACUAUCGCAAAAAGUUGAUGACUCGAUAUCUUUGAUGUCAGCUGGUUGGGCAAAAAAGAUUCUAAUAAUUGUUAAUACAAAGUAUCCGUCUGAACUCCGUGGAGCAGUUAAUCAUUUCCUUCAGAAUAACAAAGCACAUUCAAAGAAAGAUGAUUCACUGUAUAAGAUUUUAUGUAAGAUGUUGGAUGGUAAUUUGGAUUCAUCAUCUGAUAUUUCAGAGUCUAAAGUUUGGUUUGCCUUGUAUCAUCCAAAGGCUGAUGUUAGACGUACUACACUGCGUGAUAUAAAUUCUUCUGGCAUCUUGAAAAACGAGGCAUUUGUUUCAGAGGGUCUUGUUGACAUUCAAGAGGCCAUUUUGAGACAGCUUGAUGAUAAAGAUCUAACAGUUGUUCAAGCAGCUUUAAAUGUUGAUGGCUUGCAAAAUGUACUAGGUGCUUCUAAGCUUAUUGAGACACUGCAAACUGUGCUAAGAAGAUGUGUUGGCAAGCUGCUGUCUGGUUCAACCGAUAAUGUAAGUCUAACUGGAGAAGUCGCUGUCACCUGUUUAAAGAAAGCCAUAUCAUAUUUCCAUGAUCAUUCUGAUUACUUGAAAAACAUUGCCGCCAUGAUUUUUCCAUUACUCCUUGCUAUGCCACAGACACAGGACUUGAAUUUAAAAGCUCUUGUACUAGUCAACAAAUUUACCUGGCCACUUUAUCAGAAUGUUGCGGUGUCUAGCUCUGAAGAAACGACUCCGAUACUUGGAAGUUUAUCUUCUAUUAACUUGAAGGUUAUCAAUAACUUGGCUAGCAAUUUCAUGGUCCACCCUGAAGAUAAUAUUGCCUGGUUUGUUGAAAGCUGCAAUGAUUCAGAAUUGUCAAAGACACUCUUCCUUUUUGUUCUAUUGCAGUCUCUUCUGCUGAUAAAACCAAAAAGUGAUGGCUUUUCUGCACUGUUUAAAAGUGUGUUUCCUAUUCUGAAGGCUGAGUUGGAAUCUUUAGUGAAUGCUGGUGAUGUUCUUUUGGAUGAGUUCAAUUCUGAAAUGCUAGACUGGGACUGUAGUUCUUUCUUUGAUCAUCUUUUGUAUGCCAACCUCAGACCUUUAAAUGCAAAAGUUAUGGUUUGCAUAUUUUGGAGGCUGAUCUCAGCACUAAUGUCAGUAGAAUCUUCAGGCAAUCGGCUGGAUGAUAGCAAGAUAAAGGAUCUGUUUGUAUUUUUUGCUUCCUCAAAGUUCAAACAUGCAUUCCGUGAACACCUCCAUUUCUUAGCUGCACAGUGCAGUGUAUCACCUGCCCGCCUAUUAUCUAAGUUUUUUACGGAUGAAGGUGUUCCUGCUACAGUUCAGGUUGAAAGUCUUCAGUGCUAUGCAUUUCUAUGUAGUCUGUCACAAGAUAAAUGGCAAACUGAACUUUUGGCCGAAUUUCCUUCUAUUCUUGUUCCAUUGGCUGGUGAUGAUCAGACUGUAAGGGUUGCUUCCAUGAAAUGUAUUGAUGAGUUACGUGCCUUGUGGUGUCGCAUUGAACGUUCUGGCAAGAAAAACGGGAACAAUGCUACAUGGUUCCAUUUUCUGGGCGAACUACUAUUGCUGUUGGAUCAGCAAAAAACACUUAUAUUGUCUGACAAGAAGUUUCUUCCUUCAUUGUUCGCAUCCACACUGGGUUCAUCCUGUCAUAAUAUCUUAGUACCUCAAAAUAUGGAAAACAGGUUUGACCAGCCCACUAAAGAAAGAAUACUUGAGUUCAUUUUGGGUUCUGCUCUGAAAUUCUCCAACUACGGGAAGCUAAUGAUUCUCUCCUUGCUCAAGGGAGUUGGGUAUGCUAUUAUGCAUCCUAAUAUUGCGCCAGUGUUGUCUCGUUCUAUAGAGCAAUACUAUGAUGACCGCAGUAAAUCUCGCCAGAAAAUUUCGAACACCAGAACUAAGAUAAUGUGCCUUUUGUUGGAGAGCUGUGUUAUGUCAUCUCCCUCAGGUGGAGAUGAUCUUCAAGAUCCUUUACUGAAAACGUUGCAGUUGGAUGACAUGACUUCAGAUGACCCUGCCUAUAUAGAGCCUUGUAUCUCUGUCUUGAACAAACUUAAUAGUCAAUUCUACACGGGGUUGCAGAAUAAAGUAAAGGAGGAUUUAUUUCGGGCACUUGUUUUUUUGUGCCGUAGUGCUAACGGUGAUGUACAAAGUGCAACUAAAGAGGCUUUAAUGCGCAUAGAUAUAAAUUUCUCAACUGUUGGCCACAUACUUGAUCUCAUACUUGCACCAAAAUGUGGCAAAGUUAGGUCAGCAGAUGAGAAGACAAAAAAGAGACAGAAAUUGACAAUAGAUCAAGAAGCAGAACUUCCCACUAAUGACAUAUGCAGAAUAGAUGAUCCAGCCUAUCUUCUUAGUUCCCUUCUUGACGUUUUAUUACUGAAGAAAGACAUAAUAAACAGGCAUUUUCUUUUAGACCCCUUAUUUAAACUUCUUAGCAAGGUAUUUUCAGAAGAAUGGGUAAAUGAUACUCUUUCCCUUGAGGAAGGAUCAAGCCAAUCAUCAUCAAGUCCUUCUGAAUCCAUAAAUCAUAUUCAACAGACUCUAUUGAUUAUCCUGGAGGAUAUAAUCAUGUCUCUUAAAAGCAUAACUGCGCAUAAUGAAAGAAUGACGGAUGAGAUUAACAUCAAGCUACUGAUAGAGUGUGCCCGGACUACCAAUGUUUUAGUCACCCGCAACCAUAUAUUUUCUCUGCUUUCUGCUGUUAUUAAAGUUUUGCCAGAAAAAGUCUUCGAUCAUAUACUUGAUAUUCUUCCGGUUAUUGGUUUAUCAGCUGUUACACAGAUUGACAGUCAUUCAAAGCAUGUUUUUGAGGAUCUAAUAUCUGCGAUUGUUCCUUGUUGGCUGUCUAAGACAGAUGAUGUGGAGAAUUUACUGAAGGUUUUCAUAGAUAUAUUUCCUGAAAUAGUUGAGCACAGAAGGCUAUCCAUUGUUUUACAUCUCCUAGGAACUUUGGGCGAGGGUAAAAGCUUGGCCUCAUUGCUUAUCUUGUUGUUUUCUUCACUGGUUUCAAGGAAAGCCAGCCAUUUCGUUAAUAUUCAGACGCCAGAUGCUUUAACAUUUUGUACUAAAGAGUGGGAAUAUAAAUUAGCAAUGCAGAUUUGUGAGCAGUUUACAAGUAUGACCUGGCUUCCAUCUUUAGUUAUUAUCCUUGAACAGAGAGGAAAUACAAAUGUUGACCGGUUAAUGUUUCUGGAGUUGUUUCUGGCAAUGCAAUUUUCUUUGCAAAAAUUGCAAGAUCCAGAAUUGCUGUUCAAACUAGAAUCAGGGGAAGACACAGUUGUCAUUCAGACAGCACUUGGAGGGCUUAUGGAACAUGUUGUUUUCCUUUUGCAUCUUAUAGAUGCAAGAAAAAAACAACUGAAUUUCCCAGUCAAUAUAAGGAAAGAGUUGAAGGAAACUAUGCGUGCUCUUGUGAGGAAUAUAACAAUGGUCAUGAUACCUUCUGUAUACUUUAAGAGCAUAAUUAAGUUGCUCCACCAUUCAGAUAAAAAUGUUGGAAAAAUGGCUCUUGGGCUGUUAUGUGUUGCAGCAAGAAAUCACGAAAAAGUCAGCUUAGCUCUUAAAGACAACAAAGGUUCAAGGUCAAGAUCAAGUUUUCCUUGGCUUCAUAUGGAUGAAAGUUCUCAAGAGUCACUUGAUAAAAUGUGUUUAGAAAUUCUUCAAGUACUUGAUGAUUCAUCAAAUACCUCUUUGAAAGUAGCAGCAGUUUCAGCGUUGGAAGUUCUUGCAGAAAGGUUCCCUUCGAAUAGUUCCAUCUUUGGUGUAUGCCUUGGAUCUAUUACAAAAUGUAUUACAUCUCAUAACUUGGCUGUAACUUCUAGCUGCCUUCGAGCAUCUGCUGCUUUGAUCAAUGUUCUUGGUCCAAAAGCAUUGGCUGAACUUCCUCAAAUUAUGGACAAUGUGAUGAAGUCCUCUCGUAUUGUGCUGUCUAGUCAGGAUUUGAAACCAAAAACUAAUGAGGUUUUAUCAGUCUCAAAUGAACCCCAUUUUAUUUCUGUUCUUGUUACUUUGGAGGCAGUUGUGGACAAGCUUGGUGGAUUCCUAAAUCCAUAUCUCACAAAUAUCAUGGAGCUUCUGGUGCUUCAUCCCGAAUAUGUCUCAGGAAUGUAUCCCAAAGUGGAAUCCCGAGCUCAUGGAUUACGAAAGCUUCUUGCUGGAAAAAUUCCAGUACGACUUUCCUUGCCGCCGUUGUUAAAACUAUAUCCUGCUGCUGUUGAAGCUGGGGAUAAAAGCUUAAAAGUUGUGUUUGAUAUGUUGGCAACAUUUAUUGGUGCAAUGGACAGAUCAUCUAUCGGGGCAUUCCAUGGAAAGAUUUUUGACUUUUGCCUGGUUGCUCUUGAUCUUCGCCGUCAAAGUCCUCGUUCAGUUCAAAACAUUGAUUUAGUGGAAAAAGGUGUGAUGAGUGCUAUGCUUGCGCUGACCCUAAAACUUACAGAGAGCAUGUUCAAGCCUCUUUUUGUAAAGAGUAUUGAAUGGGCAGAAUCUGUAGUGGAUGAAACUGCAUCAGCAGGAAGCAUGGAUAGGGCCAUAUCUUUUUAUGGCAUGGUAAAUAAGCUUGCUGAGAACCAUCGGUCAUUGUUUGUUCCUUACUUCAAAUACCUACUUGGUAGUUGUGUUUAUCAUCUAGGCGACGGCGGAGACUCUAAUGUGACUAGUCUGAGUCGGAAGAAAAAGAAGGCUAAGAUUAUGGAUGAUGGUGAUGUAAAAGAAACAAGUAGCUUAUCUAUCAAGGAAUGGCAUCUCAGGACACUAGUCCUGUCAUCCUUACACAAGUGUUUCCUCUAUGACACUGGGAGCUUGAAGUUUCUUGAGUCCUCAAAUUUCCAGAUGUUGUUAAAACCUAUUGUCUCACAACUUGUCCUAGAUCCACCUGCAAUGCUAGAUGACAACAGCUUGAGUAUACCUAGCGUGAAGGAAUUUGAUGACCUACUUGUCGUGUGCAUCGGCCAAAUGGCUGUCACAGCUGGUUCUGACCUUUUGUGGAAACCUCUGAACCACGAGGUUUUGAUGCAGACACGUAGCGAGAAGACACGGACUAGAAUAUUGGGCCUGAGAAUUAUUAAACAUUUUGUAGAUAACUUGAAAGAAGAAUAUUUAGUAUUAUUAGCGGAAACAAUCCCGUUCCUUGGUGAACUUCUCGAGGAUGUGGAGCUUUCAGUUAAAUCUCUUGCUCAAGAAAUUCUACAGGAAAUGGAGUCUAUGAGUGGGGAGAGCCUUCGGCAAUACCUAUGA